AUGCGAUUCCGCCUUUUUAUGGAAUCUCCAGGAUGGUGGAACGCGGACGCUGAAACCGAGCUGAAGGCUCGCCUUAAAGAGGACGUCAUGAAAGCGUUCAAGAGAGCGGAAACGCUGAAACAAGCUGAAGUAUUAAGCGAGUUGUUUACCGAGGCAUCCUGUGAGUCUGAAUUUCAGUUCAAGUUGUCAUGUUGA